CGCUGGCGUCUUUGUUGCCGGAAGACGUCCACAAGAAUGAACAAGAAUGAAAUCUCAAGGGUUAGUGAGAUGGAUGCAGGGGGACAGGGAGUGCAUAAAGAGGAAGGCGAUGUUCGCUUGCUGUUGCCUCCCACUGUGUCGGAUAGUAACAUUGCAAUAGUCGCAUCACGGUUUCUGCAAGUGGAGUUGGAACUAAACGCCCACCUUCGACGGUUGUCAUUCAGUGAUCCAGUGCGCUACAUCUACAACCCGCUAGAGUAUGCCUGGGACACGCAUCGCUGUUACGUGGAAAAAUACUGUGGUGGGGGGCAGAGUGUUCUUUUUUUGGGGAUGAACCCCGGACCUUUCGGAAUGGCUCAAACAGGGGUCCCCUUUGGAGAGGUGAACUCUGUGCGCGAUUGGCUGAAGAUCACAGGGAAGGUGGGACAUCCCCCCGAUGAGCAUCCAAAGCGACAAAUCACAGGGCUGUCCUGUACUCAAAGAGAAGUAAGCGGUGCUCGCUUUUGGGGCUUCUUCAGAAAACUGUGCAGGGAGCCAGCGGUGUUCUUCCGCCACUGCUUUGUACAUAACUUGUGCCCUCUGAUCUUCAUGAGUGCCUCUGGCAAGAACCUGACUCCUCCUGAGCUGUCUGUUGGAGAGCGUGACACUCUCCUGGCACUGUGUGACACUGCCCUGUCCCAAGCAGUGGAGGUGCUAGGCAUUUCUAUGGUGAUUGGGGUAGGCAGAGUAGCAGAGCAGAGGGCCCGCAGAGCCCUCUCUGCAGCAGGUAUGCAGGUGCGCGUGGAGGGUGUCAUGCACCCGUCCCCCAGGAACCCGCUGGCCAAUAAAGGAUGGGAGGCAGUAGCCCAGGCUAAGCUGGCUGAACUAGGUGUCCUAUCACUGCUGAGUAACACAUAACCUCUGGUCAAUCAGCCUCCUUGAGAAAUGACCCAUGUCAUUUAUCUGCAAUGGAUGGUGUACUCACUCAUCUUACAGCUUGAGACUUGGAUGUACUCUAUUUGUCUUUUAUCUUCAAUGACUUUGAAUUAUUUUACCAUUGCUGGUCAGACAAUAUGACACCAUCACUUCUAAAUGGACAGUAUUAUUAUGUUGGCAAACAAUGUCAAGCCAUUUACUACAUCAUAAUUGAAAGGCUCUUGGGAAAUGAAAGCAUACUUUACACCGCUUUGUUGUGUGUAUCCCAUUAGGAACUGUAAUGUGUAGAGAUACUGUAUACAUUCUUUACACUGGGCAAGCAGAUUUAAAUUAAUGUAACUGUGCUGCUGUGUAUGAUACCUGAGAUUACACUUAUCUUGUUGGCAUUAUUGCAACAGCCCAUUUGUUUACCAGGCCUCUACCUACUUAAUGUACUAAUGAGAGAACCUGAAAUCAUCUGUCAUAUGGUAUCGCUCCCAUGUAGUAGUGGAUAGUACCUGACCUUGGCAUCUAAGUAUUUUAUGCUUAAGGAUGUUUUGUCCCUGACCCAUCUGCUGAGGUGUCUUUGUUUCCUCUUUGCAAGACCCACACAUUUUGCUUGGCACCCAACCACUACCACUCAGCAGAUUAUUUGUGCUACCAUAGCACCCUCUUUUAAGUUAGGAUACCCGCUCACCAAGUAUGCUUUUCAGUCAUUACCCCGAAACCAUCUUGCAUCUCUGUUUGUGUUUCACUAAGUGGGAAAUAUUAACAAUGUUUUUUCUUUUUUUUCUUCAGGAUCACAGCACUAAUUGUAUUGCUUGCAUUAUACAGUACAUGUUAUUCUUUCCAAUCAGUACUGAAUAAAUGUGCAUUGGUCCCAUUCUAACAUUUAUAAUUAUACUGUAUGUGUGUCCAAAGUACACUGAGGUAACAACAGAACAAGGAAACAGAUAUUAGUAUAUUUUAUUCAGUCACUUUCGAAUGACGAACAUUGAGUGUUUUUAAUCGAGAUUUGAACAUCUAUGCACCCAUUCUAUGAAGGCAGAUCCAGGCAUUGAGCACCGCAGCACUGGCUGUUUGUCUUGGUCCUGGAUGGUGAAUAAAUCCUUCACCCCAUCUCCCAUGGUAGGGUGCAGGUGUGAGAGGAGGCAGAAGAUCUUACCUUUUUGUUGGAGGAAGACUUGACUGGCAAGGUGCAGAAUGACCUCUAACACAAAAAUACACACUAAACUCUCAUUUCACUGUGACUCUUCGCCUUUGUUUGUACACCCUCCCUACUCGUUCUCUACCUCACACAUAUACACAUACACACACUGAAAUGCACCACUACAGAGCUGAGAGAACAGCUGCAGCUCCCUAAUGACUCCCAUCCCUCUCUGUUCGUUGUCGCAUUAUUAAUUAGCACAAUGAGCCUUGCCACUGAGACACUGGAUUAGAGUCCUGCAGUAUAACACAUACACACAAACACAAGUCCACACACAGCAGUCCCUAGUGUGCUGUAGUAUCAGCCCUGACAGACGGUCUGGGUGAGGUUCAGCUAAUGGCCUGUCUCUCCCACAAGGCCAAGCUAUGCUGCUAAACAAAAAGAUAAAAAACUUGAGGGUUUGUUCUAAAGAUGCAGUGGCACAUUAUUUCCUGUAGAUGUUUUAAAUGAGAAUAUACAUGGAAUGCAUAAUCAUAUGAUAUUAUCUAUUCUCUUAAAAUACAUGAUUUUAAGCUUAUAUUUAUUCAUGGCUUAGGUAAUCAGCUUCUACUCUCAAUGUCGGACCUGACUUUUUUCAACAUUCUAUUUGUAGCUUGCUUGUUGUUUAUCAAAUAAAAGGAAUUGAUUCAUUCUGUGAGCAUGCCUAUAUAUCCUUCUUUGUGUAUAUAAUAUUCUUAGCUGAAGACAAUGGUCUAGGGUCGCUCUUACUUGACAGUGUGACCUCCUGGUGACCCCACGGCCAUGUGCAAAAGGACCAAGAGGGAGCUGCCGCGCCACAGUUAGCCUGUCAGAGC